GUGGACGGAACGCUUCUUUCAACAGCAGCAACAGUUAGUCAGACACCUCGGUAGCGUGCUAGACAAAAUAGACGAAACAAUAAAGCUCUUUAGACGCUUUAGUGUAUAUUAGCCGCUGUGUUUUAAACACACUUCUGUCGUCUAGUUAGUUAUCAGAUUUAAUUUAAUAUUUACGGUGUUGUUAUUAUUGGUCAUCUAGCUCGCUGGUUAAGUUAGCAUUAGCCUACCUAGCUAACAUCUCCGACCAUGUGUUCACUAAGCUACUCUCCUCCUGACAAAGAAGAGGAGGUCUGCUGGACGGAGAAAGAAGGUCUGUGGCUGAAUGUUGUCGUAAAAGAGGAGAAGGAAGAGGACCAUGUCACUAUAGAAAAACAAGUAGAUGCGGAGGCCACGGGAUCUCCAAAUCUGGACAGUUGCUGCUCUGAUGAAAUUGAGAGUGACACAGAAGGAAUGGACGAGGACUCUGUGAGUGACCACAGUUAUGAUUCCAGCGAGGAAGAAAUGUUUUUGGAAGGAAAAGAUCCACUUUUAGAUCAUGGUAGAGACUCUGACUCUGAUGACCUCUGGGUGCCACUCCAAAGAGACCACAGUCCUCCAUCCCCUACUCAUUCCAACGUAGGAACUGGUUCCUCCAGUAUGACCCCUGCUGUCUCUGGCUCCACACCCACCCUGGCCCGGCCAUCUAGAGGUGUGAAGAAGUCAGCCCAGAAGCGGAGGAGGGCCAGUGAACCAGCGACAACUACCACCGAGGGAGAGGACCGUUGGCACACUGUGCUAGAAGAUGACGUGGAGCCACUUCCACCAACAUUUAGACCGAAAAGGCAGCCAGGACCUCAGCUGGACAUGACUGCAGAGUACAGCCCCCGUCAUCUUUUCCAGAUGUUUUUCUCCUUGUCAGUUCUUGAUUCGCUGGUGUCGAACACCAACAAGUAUGGGGCUAAGAAACAAGCAGGCAAGAAAGAGGCAUGGAAGCCCAUUUCCAUCCAAGACCUGUACUGUUACAUCUCACUGGUAAUUUACAUGGGGUUGGUGAAGUUGAAAACCCUGAAGGACUACUGGAGAACGUCAACACUCUACCAACUGCCUUUCCCCACCACUGUCAUGUCUUCUAACAGGUUUCUGACUAUCUCGCGGGCGCUUCAUAUCAGUGACCCACAAGUUGAUGAGGUCAAUGACAAGAAGAGAGGCACAGCAAGCUUUGAUAGGCUCUGCAAAAUCAAACCUCUCUACUCCAGCAUGGUUGAGGCCUGCAAGACCCAUUUUCAGCCCAACCAGAACCUGUCCAUAGAUGAGAGGAUAGUAGCCUCAAAGGCUAGAAAUGGCCUCAAACAACAUAUGCCUAACAAGCAAACAAAAUGGGCUUACAAACUGUUUGUUUUGGCCGAUUCUGCGUGUGCCUACACUUGGAAUUUUUUUGUUUACGAGGGGAAAUCCAUCUCAGCCACCGGUAAGGGAGUUAGUUGUGAUUCCGUUGUGGAAUUAUUGGAUUUUCCACUGCUUGGGACGGGCUUCAAACUGUUUGUGGACAACUUUUACACAAGCCCUACCCUGUUUACAAACCUGAGGAAGCUGGAUGUGUGGGCUUGUGGCACCAUUUGUCCCAACAGUGUAGGUUUUCCCAAAACAAAGGUAAACGACAUGCCUAAGAGGGCAGAAAGGGGGACCAUGCGAUGGAUUCGUAAACACGACCUGCUCUUUGUUAAGUGGAUGGAUGCCAGAGAGGUGGUCAUGUGCUCCAGUAUCCACAAAUCCUUCAGUGGAGAUCACGUCAACAGGCGUGUGAAGGACGCUAAUGAUGCAUGGACCACUAAAGAUGUCCCCAUUCCUGCUGCUGUGAAGGAUUACAACAAGAGCAUGGGAGUUGUGGACCUGUCAGGCGCUCUGCUGGGCUACAACAAUGUUCUCCACAAGACAAUGAAAUGGUACAGGACAUUGUUCUAUCAUUUCAUCGACAUCGCUGUGGUGAAUGCAUUCAUCCUUCAUGAGGAAAUGGCUCAGAGCUGUGGACAGACCCCCAUGACACCGCUAGCCUUCAGAGAGCUGCUCAUCCAGGAGCUUGCUGACUGCGGCACAAAGUCCACUGCAGAACCUUCUGUCCGCUCUACUCCUGUCCGCUCUACUCCUGUCCCCUCUACUCCUGUCACCAGUGGUGUUCACCUGCCAAAAUGCAUCACUGCAGACCUGAAUGUGCCUCAGGGCCAAAAGAGCAAAGCAGGCAGGCGUCGUUGUGUUCUGUGCCACAAGAAAUCUCCCGUCACCUGCACUGUUUGUGCUGUUACCCUCUGCUUCACAGCAGAAAGAGACUGCUAUGGGACUUGGCAUCAGCAGCACAAUCUUGUGUAGACGACUGUGGGUUUAAAAAUCAAAUUGUAAAUUGUUUUUUUCCUUCUCACUUGUUGGCCCUUGUUGGCCCUCACUUGUGGUGCGUUUAUGACAUUGGGUCAGUGUUGGCUGCUAACUUGGCCCUUAUCUUAAAUAGUUCACACUUCUGUGUUGGGAGGCGUUGGAUCAGCGUUCUUGUCUCAUGUUAGUACCUUUUACGUAGGGAAGCUAAUGAUCCAUCAUGUAUGACAUUCCUGGGUGUGUGUCAACGUAAUUUUUUAUUUUUUAUUGCCAUAGCAUUUUAGUAUGUUCUCUAUAGUCAUUCACUUUGGUGCAAACUCAUGAAG